UAAAUUGUUUGAGUCUACAUCUCUUCCUUUACACCUAAUUCAAUUAAAACUUUCCUCACCAAAUUUUCCUUCUCGUUUCUCACCUAAGCUUUAUAUAUAUAUAUUUUCCUUUUUUUCUCUCCAUCCAAACAAACCUUUCCGUUUUUAGGUUAUUCGAGUGAUGGAAUCGGAAGACGAUAUGAUUGAUGACUCGGUUUCCAUGGAAGAUGAUUUCUACAGCGGCGAUUUGAGCUGUUGUUACGACGACGACCCCAAUGAUAACGAUAACGAUUAUUACUUCGACGAUGACAAUGAUUACGGCUUACUUGAAGAUGACGACGAUGAUGAUCAAGAUGCCAUCGUUUCUCGUCGCCCUCAGCUAAGUUAUACUGUUUUGAAGGAAGCAGAUAUAAAACAACGACAGGAGGAUGAUAUUUCUAAGGUUUCUACUGUUCUUUCAAUAUCAAGAGUUGAUGCAACCAUUUUGCUCCGAUACUAUAAUUGGAGUGUCAGUAAAGUGCAUGAUGAAUGGUUUGCUGAUGAAGGAAGAGUACGGCAAUCUGUUGGAUUGUUGGAGAGACCAACUGUUCAAGCGUCCAAUGCUAAAGAACUUACUUGUGGGAUCUGUUUUGAAUCUUUCCUGCGUGACAACAUUACUUCAGUUGCUUGUGGUCAUCCCUUUUGCCUUUCUUGCUGGCGAGGUUACAUUUCCACGACCAUUUAUGAUGGUCCUGGAUGUUUAUCACUUAGGUGUCCAGAUCCAUCUUGUAAUGCUGCUGUUGGCAAAGAUAUGAUCGAUAAAUUGGCAACUUCAGAAGAAAAAGAAAAAUAUUCUCGUUACCUACUUAGGUCUUAUGUUGAAGACAACAGGAAGACCAAGUGGUGUCCUGCUCCGGGGUGUGAAUAUGCUGUUGAUUUUACCGUUGGCAGUGGAAAUUUUGAUGUCUCCUGCAACUGCGCAUUUAGCUUUUGUUGGAAUUGUACUGAAGAAGCUCAUCGCCCUGUUGACUGCGAGACUGUGGCAAAGUGGAUUUUGAAGAAUAGUGCAGAGUCAGAAAACAUGAACUGGAUACUAGCUAACUCCAAGCCUUGCCCCAAAUGCAAGCGGCCAAUUGAAAAGAACCAAGGGUGUAUGCACAUGACAUGUACACCGCCUUGUAAAUUUGAGUUUUGCUGGUUAUGCCUUGGUGCAUGGGCAGAACAUGGUGAGAGAACUGGUGGUUUCUAUGCUUGUAAUCGUUAUGAAGCUGCUAAGCAAGAGGGUGUGUAUGAUGAGGCUGAAAGAAGGCGAGAAAUGGCAAAGAACUCCUUGGAGAAAUACACCCAUUAUUAUGAACGUUGGGCAAGCAAUCAAUUGUCAAGACAGAAGGCUCUUGCAGAUUUACAUCAAAUGCAAACCGUGCAUCUUGAGAAGCUUAGUGACUUGCAAUGCACUCCCGAGUCUCAACUUAAGUUUAUAACAGAAGCAUGGCUUCAGAUAGUUGAAUGUAGACGAGUUCUCAAAUGGACUUAUGCAUAUGGAUAUUACCUUCCAGAGCAUGAGCAUGCUAAGAGACAGUUUUUUGAGUACCUUCAAGGGGAGGCGGAGUCAGGCUUGGAAAGGCUUCAUCAGUGUGCUGAGAAGGAAUUAAAUAAAUUUGUUACCGGUGAUGGCCCAUCAAAGGAGUUUGAUGACUUUCGUGCAAAGUUAGCUGGGCUAACUAGUGUGACAAAAAAUUACUUUGAGAAUUUGGUUAGAGCACUUGAGAAUGGCCUGGCAGAUGUCGAUUCCCAGGCUGCAGCUGCCUGCAGUAAGACAACGAGCUCGAAAAAUACGGGUGGGACUAGCAAGACAAGAGGGGGCAGGGGAAAAGGGAGUUCUAAAUCUGGUGGUUCCGGCAGAAAUGUAGAUGAUACAAGUAAUUAGUCUUGUAACCCUGCUCUCCCUUCUAGUUUCCACAUUCCAUAAAUUGUUGGUGUGCGAAAAAUACAAAAGUCUAUUUGUCGGUGGAGCCUACUGUAUAACGCAAGUGUGCUCUUUUGAUGUAUAUAUCGAUAUCUAUAUCUAUAUCUAUAUCUAUAUAAUAUAUGUACACAUACAUAUACACGACAUAUUACCAUAUAUAUAACCUGCCAACUUGCUUUUCUUCUUGA